GACCCUCCCUUUCCCUCUUAAUAUAUUCUCAUACCAUCAAAUCUCAAAAUGGUUAAACUAUUGCAUUCAUUUUGGCAAAAUGAGCAAGGGUCCUGGUGUAUAUUCAAGUAUUGGUGAUAAAGCCAAAGAUGUUCUUUACAAGGACUAUGCUCAACAAUCGCCGAUUCACUUUCACUACAAAUUCAUGGAUUGGAAUGCAGGCUUUGCUUGUAAAGUUAUAGAAAUUGUACCUGGAUUCCGGACAGUUUUCAAAUGUACCAUACCAGAUUCCGGGAAGGUAGAACUACAGUAUGUGAAUAGAUUCACUGGGAUUAGUGGAUGCAUUGGAUUAUUAGGAAGCGAAGAAGGACAAUACGAACCUGUUUUAAACUUCUCCGGCCUUCUAGGAACAAGCAUUCUGUCCCUGGGAGCCAAUGUUGCAUUCCACAUACCAACAAGAUCGAUAACCAAGCUCAAUGCUGGUUUCGGCUUCAACAGUGCCUUCCUCGAAGCUUCAUUGACCUUGCAUGACAGCUUCGACACACUAAAAGCGACGUUUUAUCAUCAAGUAAAUCCCCUAACCCAGACGGCCAUUGCAACACAGGUGAAGCAUAGCUUGUCACUCAAGGAAACUGGUGUCAACAUUGGUGUUCAGCAUGCAUUUUUUCCGGAAACGCUGUUUAAGGCUCGAUUUGACAGCUCUGGCAAGGCAGGUACUCUCAUUCAACAAGGGUUUUGGCAGAAGUUUUUUGUAACUAUGGCUGGUGAAAUUGAUUUCGGGGCCGAAGAUAAGACUCCGAAGUUCGGAGUUUCUAUGGCUCUGAGACCCUAGUCUAUGUAUGCCAAGGAGAUAGGCAUUCAUGUUAAACUGAGAGGUUGUUGCUUGAGGAGACUUUCAAACAAUGACGCAAAACUUCUUCUAUAUCCCGCAACAGCACUAGUAUUAGAUAUCUAUUUAUCACUUCUACUGCAAAAAUUUAAAAUGAUUCAUGCUUAUUCAUAUAGAACAUUAGUCUCUGAAAAUAGCUCUAGACAUAUUUUCUUUUCUCAGAUUUACCGGCAGCUUCAUGCUACUUCCGUUAUCUACUCUGUUUUGGGAAAUUCUAUUAUUCAUAAAGGGGGGAGCAAGUUUAUGUUUCUCAGUUAAAAAGAACACUGAAAUGCAAGCCUUCAGAUUCUGAGGGACAAAAUUGUAAUGUACCCUCCUCUCAGAUAUUAUUAUUUAUUUAUUAUUGGAGAUAAA